AUGUCGAGCCCAGCGAGAUCUACCCGGAGUCGUCGAGGCGGGGAUAGUUCACAGGAAAAUUCUCAAAAAACCCCCAUGAAGCAAACCACAUCAAACAGCGAGUCGGAAACACCGUUGCGUAUCGGCAAUACUACUGCCCAAAAUGGAGCCAGUUUGGUUCUUGAGAGUUCUGAUCACGUUACGGUACCGACUUCACCGGCUGUGGAUGCUCCGGUUAUGCAAGCGACGAGUCCAUACGGCCGUGCGAUUGGUAUGAGCCAAAUCGAUGUUAGCUCGCCACUUAACUAUGGUACUCCUAGUUCGAUGGGUUCGAUUCGCACACCGCGAUCUGGAAUCCGUGGUACGCCCAUGCGGCAACGUCCGGAUCUACGUGUGGAUAAGCAUUCUCGACAAGUUAACGUUGGUUCGUCUGACGCUUUGGAUCCGAUUCGUGAAGAAAGUCAACCGUCAGCAGGGGACAUUGCGAGCUCUGGGCCUCGUUUGGUUGUAUGGGGUACGAAUGUGGUCGUCACUGAAUGUAUGAGCAAAUUUAAGCAGUUCAUUAUGCGGUACAUUGAUCCUAAUGCGGCACAAGAUGAGCUGACGGAGGGCAUCAAUUUAAACGACCCACUUUACAUGCAAAAACUGGAUGAGAUUGAAGUACUUGAAGAACCUUAUCUAAAUUUCAAUUGCGCUCAUUUGAAGACUUAUGAUGAAACGCUGUAUCGUCAACUUAUUUGCUACCCUCAGGACGUAAUUCCUGCCUUGGAUAUUGCUGUUAAUGAAAUGUUCUUCGAGCGCCAUCCAGCAGCCGUUCUUGAACAUCAGAUCCAGGUUCGUCCGUUUAACGCAGACAAGACGCGUAACAUGCGUGCGCUGAAUCCCGAGGACAUUGAUCAAAUCAUCACUAUCAGUGGGAUGGUGAUUCGUUCGUCAAACAUCGUGCCGGAGAUGCGUGCCGCGUUUUUCAAGUGCUCAAUUUGUAGCUUCACUGCGGUGGUAGAGCUUGAGCGAGGUCGCAUUGCGGAACCGACACUUUGCUCGCACUGCAACACCAAUCACUGCUUCCAGUUGAUCCACAACCGUUCCCAGUUUGCCGAUCGUCAGCUGAUCAAGCUGCAAGAGUCACCGGAUGAUAUGGCCGCUGGCCAAACUCCACACAACGUGCUGCUAAUGGCUCACGACGAUUUGGUAGACAAGGUGCAGGCAGGAGAUCGUGUAACCGUGACCGGAAUUUACAAGGCGAUGCCAAUACAGGAGAAUCCCCGCCAAUCCAACAUGAAGUCGGUGUACCGAACACACAUCGAUGUGUUGCACUUCCGUAAGGUGGACGACAAACGAUUGUACGAAAGCGAGGAAGGCAAAGAGCACAAGUUCCCGCAGGAGCGAAUUUCGUUAAUAGAAAAGAUUGCCGAGAAACCGGACGUUUACGAUCGUCUGGUGCGUUGCAUCGCACCAUCAAUCUACGAAAAUACGGACAUUAAGAAGGGCAUUCUGUUGCAAAUGUUUGGGGGAUCGAAAAAAGAGGCUAAUUCCGGUCGGCAACACUUUCGCGCCGAAAUUCAUAUUCUCAUGUGCGGUGAUCCGGGAACAUCGAAAUCACAACUGUUGCAGUACGUGUACAAGUUGGUGCCCCGCACGCAGUACACUUCUGGCCGCGGAUCUUCGGCGGUGGGUCUGACCGCGUACGUUACGAAAGACACAGAAACCAGACAGUUGGUAUUGCAAACGGGCGCCCUUGUGUUAGCCGAUAAUGGAGUUUGUUGUAUUGACGAGUUUGACAAAAUGAACGAUUCAACCAGAAGUGUUUUGCACGAGGUGAUGGAGCAGCAAACACUAAGCAUUGCAAAGGUCGGCAUUAUUUGCCAGCUCAAUGCGCGGACGUCGAUUUUAGCGGCGGCAAAUCCUUCGGAAUCCCAGUGGAACAAGAACAAAACGAUCAUUGACAACGUUCAACUGCCACACACGCUAAUGUCUCGUUUUGAUUUAAUCUUCUUGAUCCUCGAUCCUCAAGACGAGGUAUUUGAUCGACGACUGGCGGCUCACUUGGUGUCAAUGUAUUACGCCACGCGUGAGGAAGACGAAGAUACCCUAGUAGACAUGAGCGUUUUGCGUGACUACAUCGCGUAUGCAAAGGAGCACAUCAAUCCGGUUCUUUCUGAGGAAGCUCAACAGAGACUGAUCCAAGCGUACGUUGACAUGCGUAAGGUGGGCGCAGGAAGAGGACAAAUUUCUGCUUACCCUCGGCAGCUGGAAAGUUUGAUUCGUUUGUCCGAGGCCCAUGCCAAAGUACGCCUUAGCAAAACUGUCGAAGUGCAAGAUGUCGAAGAAGCCUGGCGGCUACAUCGUGAAGCUCUGAAGCAGUCAGCAACUGAUCCGCUGUCGGGUAAAAUUGAUGUUGGAAUUCUCACAACCGGCCUGUCCAGUGCCGCUCGUAAAAAGCGCGCGGAAGUGGUUACAGCUAUCAAAGCAAGCCUUAAAGCCAAGGGUAAAAUCUCGACCAUUCCGUACCAGAAGCUGUUUAGCGAAAUCAAGGACGGUUCACAGGUGCUUGUACCUAAAGAGUUGUUUGAAGAUGCACUCAAAGAAUUGCAAGAUGAAGGAAUUAUUGUUAUAGUGGGAAAUAACACCAUUAGAGUUUGUUAAUGUAAGG